AUGAUCCAACUUGUGGAAAAGCCGCUAGUUGAAAAGAAGAAAGAAGCUGAACCUGUAGCUGAAAAGGAGAAAGAAGAAUACGCAGGAGAAGCCAAAAAGAGCAGUCUAGAAAAGAAGCUAUUCAAAUGGGAGAAAAAGAAAGCUCUAGACUGGCAACCAAAACUGGCAGAUCCAUCUCCUUAUGCACGAGUUCCAUACCCUCAGCGGUUGAAACAAGAAAUCCAGAAACAACAAUGCACCAAAUUUCUGGAUAUCUUCAAAAAGUUGCAAGUGAACAUUCCUUUCGCAGAAGCCCUGGAAAGCAUGCCAAACUAUGCAAAAUUCAUGAAGGACCUUCUGUCAAAGAAGCGCAAUCUGAAGGAGUGCGAAACAGUGGCCUUAACUGAGGAAUGCAUUGCAAUCAUCCAGAAGAAACUUUCUCCCAAGCUGAAAGAUCUAGGCAGCUUCAGUAUUCCUAUAGCCAUAGGAAAUAUCGAAGUAGGAAAAGCAUUAUGUGAUCUAGGAGCAAGUAUAAAUUUGAUGCCACUUUCCAUGUGCAGAGCUCUUGGAAUCAAAGAGCUAAAGCCAACUACAGUUUCUCUCCAGUUAGCUGAUAGAUCGAUCAGACGACCAGACGGGGUAAUUGAGGAUGUUUUAGUUAAAAUUGAAAAAUUUAUCUUCCCUGCAAAUUUUGUAAUUCUGAAUAUGGAAGAAGAUGUUGAGAUUCCCCUACUGCUUGGGAGGCCAUUCCUAGCCACUGCAAGAGCAAUGAUCAAUAUGGAGCAAGGAAAACUGAUGCUGAGGAUGAACGAAGAGACAAUCACCAUUGAUGUCUUCGAGUCAAUGAAACAUCCGUCAGUUGGAGGAGACUAUUUCAUGUAG